UCUGCGUGCUCGUGAAGAAAUGAUCUGUAUCGACUCUUUACAUAUUAGCCUCAAUCGGUUUUUAUUACUCACAGUUGGUCUGUGGCCUUAUCAAAGGUCUAAACUUGUUCAACUUCAGUUCACAUUGCUUUUUAGUGUUUUGGCGACCUUUAUCCUAGGUCAGUUUGCAACAUUUCUGACAUCACAAUGUACUCCAGAUCUCCUCAUCAAUGUUCUUGCAUCUGCAUUAUUUUACAUUAGCUUUGCAAUUAAAUAUAGUUCAUUUAGUAUUAACGUUGAAGUCAUAAAGUGUUUGCUGGAGCAACUGCAGAAUACUUGUAACGAGUUAACUGACGAAAAUGAAAUCAAUAUCAUAAAACAGUAUGCUAUCUAUGCAAAACGUUACACAAUUGCAUUUACAUGUAAGACAACUGCUUUAAAUUUACUUUGA